GGUAAUUCUGUUUAUGCUUAGUGUGGCUACUGGACAGCAGUGCGCAGGCGCCUUGUCAAGCUUGGCGCGUGCGCAGUGUUAUUGACGGCCUUGCGGCUAAUAUUAGGGGAGGAUUUACAGAUGGGAAACUCAAACCAAACUUCAUGUCAUGAACUGACAGUCAGUCGGUUCAUCAGGACCUGAAUAUCAUCGGCCUUUGAAUGUGGAAGGGGAAACGUUUGUUCUGUCUGUGGGAGAAGGUUUGAAAAAACAGUGUAACUGGAAAAGCACCAAGAAAGACACAUCCUAGUGAGCGUGUUCCAGUUAAUUGUCUGUGGAAGGAGUUUUAGCAAGUUACACAGCCUGAAAAUUAAUCACACCAUUCACAGUGGGGAGAAACUACACGUCUUCUGUGUGUGUGGAUGAGGCUUCAACUGAUUGUCCAACCUGGAGGGACACAAGGAUACUGGUAUCAUGGAGAAACCAUGGAAAUGUGAAGACUGUGGUAAAGGAUUCAGUUAUAGAUCCCGGCUGGAAUAUCAUCGACGCAGUCACACCUGGGCCGGCACCGUGGAAAAACAAUGGAAAUGUGAAGACUGUGGUAAAGGUUUCAAUUAUCCAUCCCGGUUGGAAAACCAUCGACGCACUCACACUGGGGAGAGGCCAUUCACCUGUUCUGUAUGUGGCAAGGGAUUUACUCAGCCUACCUGCCUAAUGUUACACCAAAGAAUUCACACUGAGGAGAGGCCAUUCAGCUGCACUUCCUGUGGAAAGAGGUUCAGGUCUUCAUCUGACCUCAAUCAACAUCAGCGAGUUCACACUGGGGAGAGACCAUUCACUUGCUCCAUGUGUGGGAAGGGGUUCACAAAGUCAUCCAACCUAGUGACUCACCAGCGAAUUCACUCUGAGGAGAAGCCAUUCAGCUGCACUUCCUGUGGAAAGAGGUUCAGGUAUACUUCCAGCCUCGAAGAACACCAGCGAGUUCACACUGGGGAGAAGCCAUUCACCUGUUCAGUGUGUGGGCAGGGAUUUACUCAGUCAUCCAGCCUGGUGAGUCAUCAGCGAGUUCACACUGGGGAGAGGCCGUUCAGCUGCACUUCCUGUGGGAAGAGUUUCAAGCAGUCAUACGCCCUUGUUGAACACCAGCGAGUUCACACUGGGGAGAGACCAUUUACCUGCUCUGUGUGUGGAAAGAAAUUUACUGUAUCAUCCACCCUUAAGUCACACCAGCAAAUUCACACUGAGGAGAAGCCAUUCAGCUGCACUGACUGUGGAAAGAGGUUCAGAUGUUCAUCUGCUCUCUCUGCACACCAGCGAGUUCACACUGGAGAGAGACCGUUCACCUGCUCUGUGUGUGGGAAGGGAUUCACUCGCUCCUGCAGUCUAGUGACACAUGAGCGACUUCAUAAGUGACUGCAGGGGUUGGAUUUUGCUCAUUUUGCUGCUGUUAAUCACAUCCAGGAUUGAUAGUCUGGGUUUGUUUCUGCUGAUAUUAACAACCCCUAUCACUGGCUGGAUUUUAAUAUUCUGGAGAUGUCACUGAAUUUCAGGGUUGCAAUGUCCCUUUUUAAAAGUAUUGUCAGUGAUCUUUCCCUUUAACUGAAGAACUCUCACCAGGAACUAUUAACAAUAAAAUUAUGAACUUUUACUUCAAUCCAAAAUUAAUCUUUGGUGCAAAAUCUACAAUUCAGCAUCUGGAAGGUUCCACUGAUUAACAUCUCUAAUCAGAAAACGCUGAUUAAUCCUUGCUGACAAUUCUGACUUUCUUGCGCAUUACAUACAGUGACAACUUCAUUCUGAAAUUAAAUUAUCAAGGAACUCUCAUGAGACAGACAUCUCUCAAUCUCCAUUUAACUAUUUCCCGCAGCUUCCUGUCAUGGUUGAGUUGGACAAACUGAGAAACACCCGACAAGAAUGGAAUUCCAGCCAAAAUGCUCAAGCACAGCAACUCCCGUUUACUGCUACAUCUUCAUGAUUUCUUUCUUCUCUGUUGGAAGGUAGGAUCCAUUCCCAGGACAUGUGUGACACAAUAAUCAUCACCAUACACUAAAACAAAGGCGAUGGAGGAGAGUGCAACAAGAGCUUUGUCCAUCAAAGCUCCUCAGUCUCAUCCACUCCUUUCAUAACAACACACCCUGUACUGUACAGCUUGGCUUCUCCACUUCUGACAGUUUCAGGGUGAAGAAUGGAGUGAAACAGGGCUGUGCCUGAGCCCCCACUUUGUUUGGUAUUUUCUUCUCCAUGUUCCUGACCUUGGCCUUCCCUGCAGAUAUGGAAGGAGUUUCUCUGCAUACUCGAUCAGAUGGCAAACUACAAUCUGUCCAGACUGAAAGUGAAGUCAAAAAAAUACAGCCUGUCUUGGAGACCUCAGCUGCAGUGAUGAUUCCAUGCUAGUGACUCACACAGAAACUCAGCUACAAAGACUCAUGCACUAUCUCUCCCAUGUCUGUAACUUGUUCUCCCUUAUUGUAAACAUCAAGAAAACUGUGGUUUGGGGACUGGGUGUCACAUCCCUGUCCUUGAUCACACUAAAUAACACCCCACUGGAAGUGGUCAGUGAAAUCUAUGACCUUGGGUCCACAGUGACAGACAAUCUGUUUCUCAAUGCAGAGCUCGAUACACGCGUAGGGAAAGCAGCUCCACGUUUGGCCGACUCACAAAUCGUCCAUGGAAUAACAUCAAGCUGCCUCUCAGCACCAAGAUGCUGGUUUAUGAGGCCUGUGACCUCAGCACCUUGUUAUCUGCCUGUGAAACAUGGACGAUUUACAGUGAUCAGGAAAGGAAGCUCAACAACUUUCACCUUCGCUGUUUGCAGCACAUUCUGGGCGUCUCAGGGACAGAAUCAGGAAUGUGGCAGUCCUCUCAAAGACAAAUCUCCCAAGUAUGCUGGCUGUCAUCAAGCAGAGGUGACUUCACUGGCUCGGGUAUGUUCACAGGAUGGAGGACGGUCAUUACAGCGGCUUGGCAACAGGUGCCAACACUGAAAACAACAACCCACAACCGCACCUGAGAACCAUUUCAUAUGUGCCACCUGUGGCAGAACCUGCCUCUCUCAGAUUGGUCUCUUCAGCCAUCAGUAAAAGUGAACCAUAUGAAGCUCCCCCAUCCCCAACAGUUUGAUUUGCUGCACGUCCACCAUCUUAUGUAGGUGGAAGGAUGUUGACAACAUCAGUAAAAGAGGAAGGCUGGAAUGGGAAUAGGAUCAUUAAGGGAUUAGGCAGGAUAAUACCACAGGGAACGAUAGAGAGAUGACAGAAAUAUUCAAUAAUUAUUGUGUUUCAGUAUUUACCAGGGAGAUAGAACAGGGAGAUGUGACAUUGAAUGAUGAGAUGAGUCAUGAGAUAAGUCAAUUCAAAGUCGAGAAAGGGGCUGUAUUAAAGAAACAAAUCAAAUUCAAAGAGAAUAAAGUCUCGGAUCUGAAUGGUUUGCAACCACAUUUUUUUUAAAUCUAGGGAAGAGAUAGCAGAAGCCACACUACAGAGAUUUAAUCAUUCAUUCAAAAGGUGUAGCGCUUGAAGACUGGCAAAUAGCUAAUGUAACUCCUAUAUUUAAAAUGGUAGACAGAAUAUGCCCAGGGAAUUAUAGACCAGUCAGCUUCGUAUCCGUGGUAGGAAAAGGUGAAUCUGGGUGGAGUAGAGGAACAAGGGGAUCACAGAGGGCAAACACACCAAACAAUAAAAGUGCCCCAGAUUAGCAAGGCCAUAAAACAGCAAACCAAGCACUAGGAUUUAUUUCUAGAGGGAUAGAACUGAAAUGUACGGAAGUUAAGCUGAAUCUGUAUCAAGCCUUGGUGAGACCACACUUAGAGUACUGCGUACGGUUCUGGUCACCAUAUUAUGAAAAGGAUAUAGAGACACUGGAGGGUGCAGAGAAGAUUGACCAGGAUGAUACCAACUAGUCUGCAGCAGAGUGGGAGAAAUGAUGUGAGGCUGGUCUAGGAGAGGGAUGAUGGAGAAAGGAAUCAUGCAAUUGGGAGCUCCACUCAAAGCGUUCUCACUUCUGACCCUUUAAACGGCCUCACCCGCCACCCCCAGGCAGUACCUGACAGGCUGCCUCAUCUCCCACUAGCUGAGUCUGCCCCCUCCUCCUCCUCUCUGCUGUGCAAUAUUGUACAGGAUGCAGCACAUCACUAUUAUUCUGGAGUCCCUGGCUGCCGAGUAUGAAGGUCACCUCCAGACCUAUCCAGACACCUGAAACACAUCUUCAACAUUGUGAUGCUUUGCUCGAUGACACACCUGUCAUGUGACUCUGGUUGUAUCAUUCCUGAACCUCAUUGGUGUAGUUCCUCACAUGAGGCAAGUUUGAAGGGGGGUGUCCCUGCUCUCCAAUAAUUGGGUCCUUAAUUCUGGGUCCUGGAAUGAGCACAUCUGGAAUAUUGGAAUGUCACAGUCUCAGGGCAGCUCCCAGAUCUGAGGGAUAAUGUUCACUGUUUUAUAUUCGGGUCUGGGGGAUAAUGUUCACUGUUUUAUAUUCGGUUCUGGGGCAUAAUGUUCACUGUUUUAUAUUCGGGUCUGGGGAUAACGUUCACUGUUUUAUAUUUGGGUCUGGGGGAUAAUGUUCACUGUUUUAUAUUCGGGUCUGGGGGAUAAUGUUCACUGUUUUAUAUUCGGUUCUGGGGCAUAAUGUUUACUGUUUUAUAUUUGGGUCUGGGAGAUAAUGUUCACUGUUUUAUAUUCGGGUCUGGGGGAUAAUGUUCACUUUUAUAUUCGGGUCUGAGGGAUAAUGUUCACUGUUUUAUAUUCGGGUCUGAGGGAUAAUGUUCAGUUUUAUAUUCGGGUCUGGGGGAUAAUGUUCACUGUUUUAUUUUGGGCUCUGAUGUUUAUGAGAUAGGGUUGAUUCUGCCUCUUGGUGAACACUGGGUUGUUGGAUCCACCAUUAAAAGCCCCAAUCUCAGGUCAGUGACUGAGUUUUCUCCAAUAAGAUGGGAUUCUGGGUGGGGCCUCAGGGACAGUGAUGGGCGGGAAUGGAUGUAAAAUAAACCCGGGCUACACCAGGUAAUAGUGACCGUGAUGAAAUCAUCACGAACAAUCUCAGCGCCAUGUUAGAAAACUUUGGAGAAUAUUUUAUCAGAAUCUUUGAUCAAUUUUGUUAGAUUAAAUAUUGUAACUGAUGAGUUGGAUUGCUGGUUAUUUUCUAAAGGCAGCUCAGGACCAUUUGUUUCACCAUGAACCUGCCCCUGGGGUCUGAGGUGAGCUUCAGACCAACAGGAAUAAGGGAAAGGGACUUGAGGACUGAGUGGGAGAGUCUGUCCCUGAAUCUCAACAUUUGUUAAUGAGAUGGAUUCAUUCAGGACAGACAGCAGGGAUUAUCUGAAGGAAUAACACAGUGCAGUGAGCAAGAAAAUCCAGUGGAUGUUGUGUGGAUGGAUUGUCAGAAGGUGUUUGAUAAGGAGCUGGACAGGAGGCUUGUUGAUAAAGUUAAAGCUCAUGGGUAUUAAAGGUUGUGGGGCAGCAUGGAUAGGAAUUUGGGAAAGGACAGAAAACAGAGAGCAGUGGUUAAUGGAUGUUCUUCAGACUGGAGGGAUGUAAACACUGGUGUCCCCGAGUGUCAGUGUUUGGACCAUUGCUCUCCCCAGUACAGAGAAAUGAUCUGAGUUUGGGUAUAUGGGGCAAAAAUCAAAAUCUCCAGACAUCAAUGUCAGGAGAGUGUGUGUUGUUAGCAACUUGGCAAAAAGACUUGCAUUGAUAUAACGCUGUUCACAACCCCAGAACAUCACAACGCACCACAAUCUGGGAGGAGGAUCAUACAGCAGGAAUACAUCUCCAUUCUGGACACAGUCCAGGGGCAUGAUGACCAUCCACAUCUUGUCCUUUUAUUCAGCUUCACCUGCUCCACCCCCCCCCCCCUUAAACAGUAUAAAUUUAGUCUCAGUUCUUCUUCCCUUUAGCUCUGAAAAAGAGUCAUACAGACUCUAAAUGUUAACUCUGUUUCUCUCUCCACAGAUGCUGUCAGACUUGCUGAGUUUUUCCAGCAUGUUCUGUUUUUGUUUCUGAUUUCUGGCAUCUGCACCAUUUUGCUUUUGUGACAUCUUGUUCCUGUUGGAUAAAAUCAA